CACAGACAUAGAAACGACUGCACUUUGUUUAAUAGCUUUUGAAUACCCAUCUUAGACUUUGAUUUAUUAGAGGAUAAGCCCCAGAUUACUCUUUUACGAUUUAGUAGAAAAUGGGGUCUAUCCAAGAAUUGGCAGAGGAUUGGUUGCGUUUAGAUCAAGACCCUAUCACAAGAGACGAGAUUCAAAGCUUGGUGGAUUCUAAAAACACCCAAGAGCUAGAAAAACGUCUACGGAAAAGAAUAGCAUUUGGCACAGCUGGCUUACGUGCCCGCAUGGAGGCGGGAUUUUCCCGCCUGAAUUCAUUGACAAUCAUCCAGGCCUCUCAAGGCUUAGCAGCCUAUUUACUUGAGAAUGCUCCCCACGCAAGAGCCAAAGGAGUAGUGAUAGGCUACGAUGCUCGGCAUCAAUCUGAGAAGUUUGCACGACUGGCCGCAGCUGCCUUCGUUGCCAAAGGCAUCAAGGUGUGGUGGUACAAGUUGACUGUCCAUACGCCUCUGGUUCCAUUCGGUGUAGGCCAGCUUGGAGCCGCGGCUGGAGUAAUGGUCACCGCAAGUCAUAAUCCGUCCAAGGACAAUGGCUACAAAGUGUACUGGUCAAAUGGAUGCCAGAUCAUUCCCCCGCACGACGUGGGAAUCGCCCAAUCAAUUCUCAAAAACCUCGAGCCUGUAUCAUGGGACGCUGACACUGUCGACGAGAGCUUGCUCGUGGAGAGUAUCCUUGGGCGUGUACGAGAUGCUUAUUACUCUGCCGUGACCCGGGUUGCCACCAACGAGCUUUUGGACACCAAUGCACCACGCUUUGUAUACACGCCCAUGCAUGGCGUUGGUCUUCCGUAUAUGCAAGCCGUCAUGGAGCGCCUCGGACUUGACGGCAAUAUGAUCGUUGUUCCAGAGCAGGCCGAACCGGACCCCGAUUUCCCCACGGUGAAAUUCCCCAAUCCCGAAGAAAAAGGAGCCCUCGAUCUGGCCAUGGCAACCGCCGACCGUCAUGGCAUCAGUCUGGUUCUGGCCAGCGACCCAGAUGCUGACCGUCUGGCCGUCGCCGAAAAAGUCGACGACAAAUGGCACGUUUUCACCGGCAACGAACUCGGCGUCCUGUUUGCCGCACAUGUCCUGGAGAGCCUCGACCCGGACUACGACCGCUCCAAACUGGCCAUGCUUUCAUCCGCUGUCUCGAGUUCCAUGCUCAGCGUCAUGGCCGCAUCUGAGGGAUUCCACCACACCGAGACCCUUACAGGAUUCAAAUGGCUCGGCAACGGAGCCUUGGAUCUCGAAGAGCGCGGAUACGAUGCCGUAUACGCGUACGAAGAAGCCAUCGGGUACAUGUUUUCCAGCGUUGUUCAUGACAAGGACGCACUGAGUGCUGCCGCCGUCUUCUUAUCUGCCACUGCUACUUGGACGGCUAUCAACUUGACUCCCUUUCAGAAACUGCAGCAGCUGUAUAAGCGCUAUGGCUAUUUCGCAUCUGCAAAUACCUAUUUGAUUGCCAACCCAGAUGACCCUGGCUUGACCAAUGCUUUGUUUGAUCGGAUCAGGGCGUUGGGAGGAGAGUCAGCUAAGACUACCGCUACCGCCGAAGCCGCAGUCGUCCCAGAUCACACGAUCACAGAUUCAUACACGUACCCCAAGGCCAUAAAGAGCGGUACUAUUAAAGUUACAAGUUGGAGAGACUUGACUGUGGGAUACGAUUCCAGCAGACCAAAUUAUUUACCUAUCCUGCCCGUCUCCAAGGACAGUCAGAUGAUUACGUGCGAACUGGACGUGCCCGAGACGGACGGAGUCAAAGUCACAGUCAGAGGCUCAGGCACUGAGCCAAAGAUUAAAUUCUAUGUCGAAUCCCGCGCAUCUACUGCUGCCACUGCCCAAGCCAGCGCCGACGCCGUCGCGGCGGACAUUAUUAACGAAUGGUUCGAGCCUGAAAAGAAUGGGCUCACGAGGGCAUAACCUUCCAUUCAUUCCAUCUUUUUUUUUAUUUCCGUGAAUCGUCCUCAAGCAUUAAUCUACUUGUCUCGUCUUUUGUCUCUGUUAUCUGGUACCAUCAUUGCAACGUAUCUCGUCUUUCUCUCCAUGUUCGCUGGUCAUCAUGUCUAGUAUAGCAUCUCCAUGUUCACUCGUCAUCUCCAGUAUAGCAUCUUCAUCUUCAUUUCCGCCUUCAUUUUCAUCUUCAUCUUUACCUUCGCCUUCACCUUCAUCGUCAUAGUCAUCGUCAUUUCUCUUCAUCCUAAUCUCAAUCCAUCUUACUCUCAAUCCAUGCUUACACUCUCAGUUCAAUCACGGCAUUUUUGCAGGGACGGGGGCAUUCCUUUUGUAGACUAUCCUGAUUUUAUAUAUAGUUCACAUUCACUUUUCACAACGAGCCAGAAAGAAUUCAUUGUUAUAUCCAUACCAUAGCAUAUCAUAUCAUACAUGCCCGACGG